ACUCUGGUUGCUGAAUGGAGAAUGGAUUAUAUUGGGGAGAGGUAGGAAGCUACUUGGGAGUGCAAGUGAAGAAUUGACCGGGUAUGUUAGGCAAGAAAUGAUAGCAGCUUGAACUAGGGUGGUGGUGGUCUGAUUCCAGAUGUACUUUGGAGGCAGAGUUAGUAGGAUUUGUUCUUGGAGUGGGGAUGGGCACAAGGGAGAGUACUGAAAGAUAACUUCUAGGUUUUUGGUUUGAGCAACUGGGUGAAUGAUUGUGACAUCUGAGUAAACAGUAACAUUUUGCUGAGAGGGGAAGACCUGCGGGGAGAACAGGUGGUUUUUUGACAGGGGCAGUGAAACAAAUGUUCUGUUUGGAAUGUGUUCAGCCUGAGGUGCCUAUUAGACAUCCAAAUUGAAAUAACCAGUAGCCACUUGAAUAUGUGAGUCUGAAGAUCAGACAGGGCAGAGUCACAGAAAAUUUGAAGGCGUGGCAGAGCUGAAUUGUAAAGCCAUGGAGCUGGAUGAGAUCUCUUAGGGAGAUAAGGGAGAGGGAUAAGGGCUAAACCGUUGACAUACUCCAACCUAUAUAGGUGAACAGUGGCUUUGGAUCCGGCAAAGAGGUCUGAGGACGAACCACUGAGAUAGGGCAAAAAGUGCUGAGUCAUGGAAGCAAACAGAAGAAAGUAUAUCAAAGAAGGAAUGGUCCAUCUUCUAUAAGUUGGAUAUGAUAAGGAUAGUAUUUGAGACUGUGGAAAUCACAGUUGACCUGGAUAAGUACAGUUUUAGUGGGGAGGUCACCAGCUCUCCACUGAAUGAUCUCUAAUUAGCAAAGUCUAAUCAGAUGGAUUGAAGAAAAGAUGGGAUGUGAGGGAUAAAGAUACGUUUUUUGAGAAGUUUUGUUGGGCAGGUAAUAAUUUAAGAAUGGGAGGGGGACAAAAAUGUGAAGAUGAAAUGAUGUGUAAGUGAAAUCUUUAUGUAAACUGCAAAUGCUCUGCAGGUGUUAGGCUUAUUUUGUUAUUUAGUAUUCAAACUUCUAGGAAUUUCAAUGCAGCUCAGUGUGAAGAAUCACUAAAAAGCGACAACUAGUCCUCAACUUGAGGACCAUUAAGGGUCAAAGCCGUCAAGCCAAUGAAGAGCCGAGAAAUGAAGAGACGGUUUGAGAAGACGUAGGGGAUGGGGGAACGGAAAGAGGACUUGCGGAACUAAUAUUGUCCUUCCAAGGACACCGUAGGGCGGAUCUCGCAGCUACUGCCUUGUUUUAGGGGCGGAGCCGGCAGGAAAUUUAAACUGAAACCGCGGCCGAGGACGCCAAGAGAAUGAUGUUUUAGCUCCCCUGGGGUAACCGGGACUGCAGAGUAGGGAAGAGCUCAUGGAGCGCGCGAACGUAAUACGGAGGCCUCUGAUGAAGGAGUACGGAGGCCGAAAAGGAGCCGGCAUUUGAUGAGCGAACCGAUAAAGGGAGACGAUUGCCUCGAGCUGGAGAGUUCCAUGGCUGAUAGUAGGCCCCGGGCCCCGGACCUAGGGGCUCAGCUAGGGGUUUCCAGGUAUCUGGGAAAAUGCCAGAAGAACUCACCAGGUGCUGGGAAGCAUCCCUUUUCCGGAAAGUCCUUUUACUUGGAUCUGCCUGCUGGCAAGAAUCUCCAGUUUUUGACAGGGGCCAUUCAGCAACUGGGUGGGGUAAUUGAGGGUUUUCUGAGCAAAGAAGUAAGUUACAUCGUGUCCAGCCGCAGAGAAGCAAAAGCAGAGAGCAGUAGGACAAACCAAAGAGGCUGCCCUAGCCCUAACCCCAGUGAGGUCAGAGUGGAAACAUCGGCCAUGGUUGAUCCAAAAGGCAGCCACCCCAGGCCUUCACAAAAACCCGUUGACUCGGUGCCUCUAAGCAGAGGGAAGGAGCUGCUGCAGAAGGCCAUCAGAAACCAGGGGAGCAUCAGUGGAGGAGGCAGUGGGGGCAGCAGCAGCCUCCUGACCAAUGCCCGCUCUUGGGGAGUGAGGAUUCUGCACGUGGAUGAAAUGAUGAUGCACAUGCAGCAGCUGUCUCUUGCCUCUUUAUGUGUGAAAAAACAAGAGCCAAAGAAGCCAGAGGGAACAUGUCCAGCAGCAGAGUCAAGAACACGGAAAGUAGCCAGACUGAAGGCACCAUUCCUCAAAAUCGAAGAUGAAAGCAGGAAGUUUCGUCCUUUCCAUCAUCAGUUUAAAUCCUUUCCUGAAAUUUCUUUUCUUGGACCCAAAGAUGCAAGUCCCUUUGAAGCCCUGACGACCCUGGGCAGCAGGCACCAUACCAGAGAAUCCAAGGCUGGAGAGCCAAGCCUGCGAUCAGCUGCCCACACCAUGCCCAGGAGGAAGAAAGGCUACUGUGAGUGCUGCCAAGAGGCCUUCGAGGAGCUCCAUGUGCAUCUUCAGAGUGCCCAGCACCAGGGCUUUGCCCUAGAAGCCCAUCCAUAUGCAGAAGUGGACAGGAUCAUUGCCCAGCUCAGCCACAGCUUUGUAGACAUCCCUUUCCAGGCCGGCCUCCCCAGGUGGUCAGGUUCCCCAGCUUCUGACUGUGACCCUCUCUGUCCUAAGACUCUGCAUCCCCACCAGCCCUCCCAUCCCAGGGCAGCAUCUCCCAGGAUAAGGAAGGAAGACGGCUGCCAGGUGUCAGGUGUCCCAAAGCAGGAUGGGACAGUGAACAGCACGCAGGCACCAGCUGAACGUGCAGGGACUGGUGAGGUACCUGAACCUAUAGCAAGCUGCCAGGACCUGAGGGGGUUAGUUGAUGUGUUUAUGGACACCCCAGAGACACCGAUGUCUAGGAACCCUGCUUGCCAACGCCUGCUGCCUAGCUCUGGUUUUAUGGAACUCGCCUCUGGCCCAGACCUGGCACUUGUUGGCCACAAGCGCAAGGUUCAGUUCCCCAGUGGCAAUGCUGAGAAGAGAGUGGGGGCCUCUUGGCCACAGGCUUCAUUUUUUGUCCCAAUAGCACCUAACCCCUGUGGCACCAGGACAACCGGUGGCAAGCAUCUUCCCUGUCUUCCCCUUCCAGGCCAUGAGUCCAGGCUCCUCACCUCCCUCCAGCCCUUGUGCCACUCACAGACCUGCCUCUCUCUCCCAGACCCCUUCCCCUGGCAGCCCACAGACAGACCAGGAGAGUUCUGGGCCACACAGCCCCACUGGCUGGGGGAAGGAUGGCCCCCAGGGCCUGAGGAUUCUGAGUGUGCAACCCCUAGCCCUGUAUCCCAGGAGGCUGGCCAGCUCCCCAGCUGCCCCACAGCUCCAGGCCGGCCAUCAGCCCCCCUGCACUCAGCUACCAGUGUGCAGCCCUCAGGAGCACCUGCAGAGAGCAGGUCUACCUCCUUCCUGCAGCCCCUGCCAGCCAGUGCAGGAGCCAGCUGUUCCUGAUGCCUCUGGGCCCCCAGCCUCUCCAGGUGCCCUGUCGCCCUGUCUCCCAGCCCUGGUCCCAACCCCAGCCCCAGCCCCGGCCCCAUGCCGGCAGAGAGCUGCUCCUAUGAGUCCCCAAGGUGCUUGGCUCUUCACGGAGCCAGGCAGCUCCAGAUUGAAGGGCCACAGAUACAAUUUAUUCCCCUGCUGCGUGCUGCACACCCGGCCAGGGCUGACCAGGACGCAGGAGGGGCAGAGCCCCAGGACUUCCCCAAAAGAGCCAGAAGGGGGCCCAGGCCUGGCCUUUGAAGUCCAGCAAGCAGCUGUCACGCUCAGCUCCAUGGAGCCAACAGAGCCAGCCCUCCCACUGGCCAGGUCUUUGGGAGAGAAUCUGGACUAGGGGCUGCCCUCUCCUACCCCCACCUCCUGCCAUAUUCCUGACCAGGCAGAGUCCACAGUGGGCUUGCCCAGCUGAGACUGGCCACCCACGCCAGGAGACAGAGGCAAAGUUGGCAUGGGGAGGGACCACAAAGGAGCUGGGGCAGCAGGAGUCCUGGCCUGGCUUCCUGGCCCUCCGCAGGCCCUUGCCUCUCUGCAGAGCCGAGGGUUAGCUGUUGGUGUGCUCCACCCCCAAGCCCGACCUCCUUUCCCACGAGCAUGUGGCCGCUCCUGCUUUCCGAAAUGCCUGUGUUUAUCCCCUCCCCCAGCCCCCCACGCUCCCGCACACAGAUCCUCAGGAACAUAUGAAGCAGAGGAGGGGCUCGAGCUGCGCCACUCACAGAGCUCCCUCCCCCAGGCACUUAGUUGGGGCCCAGCACUGACCUUUCCCCUGAGCCCAGGAUGUGGCCAGAGCCCCCUCUGGGACCCCUCUUGGCCCUUCUCUGCCUUCUCAGCUUGAGCUGCCUGCCUGGAGUUCGGCUGUUCCGGGGCCAGUGUGUCACCUGCCAACUUCCACAUCACCCUCCUCCCUCAGUCCCUCCUCUCCUUCCCCAAGGACCUCCCCCCAUUUCUGGCAGCCAAGCCAUUAAUCUGGAGACAGAAAUGGGUUUGCUAUCGAUUCUCUGGCCACUUUUUCUUUCAUUAUAAUUUGUACUGUGGUUCUUCUCACCCUUCUCUGUGUCCGUGGGUUUGUCUCUUUAAAUGUUGAAGCUCCCGGAAGCCUGGUGCUAUUCUGUAUCUCCUUUCAAAGGAAGAAGAGGGGACCCAGCUGUGGGUGAGGACUCAAGUUAUUAGUUUGGAAAUAGAGCAACUUUGUGUACAGCCCACCUUAGAGGUCAUGUUACCCCCUUCCUGUUAAAUUUUACAAUUAAUUUUGGUUCAGGAAAUGUAAAUAAAUUUGUUAAUAACAAAUAGCAAA